GUUGAAAUCUGAUUGUAACCGUCAAUUACCGAACUUACCCGAGUUUAGAUAGUCAAUGUGGAUGGCAGAUAAUUGACAAGUGUCGUUUACCUGAGCCUUAUCCAUAGAUUCUCUAAUCCUCUCUGUCUUGGCGCUCUCUCUCUCUCUCUGUCUGUUUCAUUGUUCCGUAAAACUUCUCACUUUCAACAGUUUGUGUCUGUGCGAUAAUGGCCAUGUCAGACCUUUCAACCCCCAAAACGACGUCGCCUUUCCUCCGCUCUUCGUCUCAGCUUCGUCUCUCCUCCAAGUUGCAUGUUUCAAACCAGUUUCGCAAUCUUCUUCUUCCUCCACCUCUCCAUCCAACUUCCAUCUCCAAAAUCUCUUGCUCUGUUUCUCAGAAUAACCAAGCACCUGUUGCGGUUCAAGAUAAUGGGUCUGUGAAGACGAAGAAAGAGUGUUAUGGAGUGUUCUGUCUCACCUAUGACCUUAAAGCUGAAGAGGAGACGAAGUCAUGGAAGAAGAUGAUCAGUAUUGCAGUCUCAGGUGCUGCAGGCAUGAUAUCAAACCACCUUCUCUUCAAACUUGCUUCAGGUUCAGUGUUUGGACCAGACCAGCCCAUUGCUUUGAAACUACUUGGAUCAGAGAGAUCAAUCCAAGCCCUCGAAGGUGUUGCAAUGGAACUUGAGGAUUCCUUGUUCCCCUUGUUGAGAGAAGUUGAUAUAGGAACGGAUCCGUAUGAAGUGUUCCAAGACGUGGAGUGGGCUCUUCUGAUUGGCGCAAAGCCUCGAGGCCCUGGAAUGGAGCGUGCUGCUUUGUUGGAUAUUAAUGGUCAGAUAUUUGCUGAGCAAGGGAAAGCUCUUAACGCAGUUGCCUCUCCUAACGUUAAGGUCCUUGUAGUGGGGAAUCCUUGCAACACCAACGCCUUGAUUUGUCUUAAAAAUGCUCCCAACAUUCCUGCAAAGAACUUCCAUGCCCUCACGAGGUUGGACGAGAAUCGAGCCAAGUGUCAGCUUGCUCUUAAAGCCGGUGUCUUCUACGACAAAGUCUCUAACAUGACCAUAUGGGGAAAUCACUCCACGACUCAGGUGCCGGACUUCUUGAAUGCCAGAAUCAAUGGCCGGCCGGUGAAGGAGGUUAUUACAGAUCACAAAUGGUUAGAAGAGGGAUUCACUGAGAGUGUGCAGAAGAGAGGUGGCUUACUAAUUCAGAAAUGGGGUCGAUCUUCUGCUGCUUCUACCGCUGUUUCCAUUGUUGAUGCUAUAAAGUCUCUUGUAACUCCUACUCCUGAGGGUGACUGGUUUUCCACUGGGGUGUACACAAAUGGGAAUCCUUAUGGUAUUGCAGAGGACCUCGUCUUCAGCAUGCCGUGCCGGUCAAAGGGAGAUGGAGAUUAUGAGCUUGUCAAGGAUGUAGAGAUUGAUGACUACCUACGCAAACGAAUCGCCAAGUCGGAAGCAGAACUGUUGGCUGAGAAGAAAUGUGUUGCACACCUCACUGGAGAUGGCAUCGCCUUCUGUGAUCUUGGUCCGGUAGAUACUAUGCUUCCCGGUGAAGUUUGAUUUUGGUGAGUGGCGUUUGAACAUCUCAAGUAAGCACUCUCUUCUGGGUUGUUAGCUGUUGUACAUAGCACACCCAUAUUACUCAUGUUGACUGGUUGGAAUAAGUGAAUUAAACUCUUCACAUUUUACUUCUUAUUUAUACAUGUGAGUUUACUUGAGCAAUAGAGCAAACUCAUGUUCUACAA